AUAAAUUAAUAGCCAAUAGUCAAAAAAAUAAUUUAAUAAAAACAUAAAAAAAACGUUGAAGUGUAGACGGGUGAAGGAUCAAAAGUUGGAGACCUCGACCAAAAUAGUAAAGUCCAACCUGUAGCGAAGUAAAAUCGGGAAAACUAAACAGCAAAAAAGUAUAUAUUUGCUCUCUUAAACUGGUAAAAAAAGAAAAGAAAAGAGAAGAGAAGAACCAGAAAGUGUGCGUGAACAUGGCGGUGGAGGAGUUUUUGAAGCAGUGCCAGCAAUCGGGUGAUGCUGCAUACGCUGCCUUCCGAUCGCUUCUGGAGAGGCUUGAGGAUCCGAAGACGCGCGUCGACUCCCGGGUCUUCCUUUCGGAUCUUUAUUCCAAGGUCGGAUCAUCAGAUGAUUGCUUCAGCAAGUACCAUUUCCGGAUCCAGGACAUUCAGUUGGACCAAUAUGAAGGCUAUCCGGGAAGGAAAAAACUGACAAUGAUGGUGAUUCCGAGCAUUUUUGUACCAGAAGACUGGUCAUUUACCUUUUAUGAAGGACUCAAUAGGCAUCCAGAUUCCAUUUUCAAGGACAAGAUAGUUGCCGAGCUUGGCUGUGGAAACGGAUGGAUAUCUAUAGCCAUUGCUGAGAAAUGGUUGCCUGAAAAGGUCUAUGGCCUUGAUAUAAAUCCACGAGCAGUGAAGGUUUCUUGGAUAAACUUGUACAUGAACGCUUUUGAUGAGAAAGGCCAACCAAUUUAUGACGUAGAAAAGAAAACCUUACUUGAUAGGGUGGAGUUUCAUGAAUCUGACCUGCUAUCUUAUUGUAGGGAACGUGAUAUUCAACUUGAACGGAUUGUUGGAUGCAUACCUCAGAUUCUUAAUCCAAACCCAGAGGCAAUGUCAAAACUAAUCACUGAAAAUGCAAGCGAGGAAUUUCUACACGCCUUGAGUAAUUAUUGUGCACUUCAGGGAUUUGUUGAGGAUCAAUUUGGCUUAGGUCUGAUUGCCAGAGCAGUUGAGGAAGGAAUAGCUGUCAUUAAACCCACAGGAAUUAUGAUCUUCAAUAUGGGAGGCCGUCCGGGACAAGGCGUCUGUAAACGCCUGUUUGAAAGACGUGGUUUCCGUGUUACCAGGCUUUGGCAAACCAAAGUUCUUCAGGCUGGGGACACAGAUAUUUCAGCUUUAGUAGAAAUUGAGAAGAAUAGUCCACACCGUUUUGAGUUCUUUAUGGGGCUUUCAGGAGAUGAGCCUAUUUGUGCUCGAACAGCAUGGGCCUAUGGAAAGGCUGGUGGCCGUAUCUCUCAUGGAUUAUCAGUUUACAGUUGUCAACUUCGUCAACCAAACCAGGUCAAAGUAAUAUUUGAAUUUCUUAAAAGUGGCUUCCAAGAGAUCAGUAGCUCUUUAGAUUUAUCUUUUGAAGAUGAUUUAGUUGCAGAUGAGAAGAUUCCAUUCCUGGCUUAUCUUGCCAGUAUUUUGAAAGAGAAUUCGUACUUCCCAUAUGAGCUACCAGCUGGAUGUAAAAGAUUUCGCAAUCUAAUUGCUGGGUUUAUGAAAACGUACCACCAUAUUCCGCUUACUUCUGAUAAUGUUGUCAUCUUUCCUUCGAGGACUGUGGCAAUUGAGAAUGCUCUUCGGCUGUUCUCCCCCCGUCUUGCCAUUGUUGAUGAGCAUCUGACCCGAAACUUACCCAGGAAAUGGUUAACAUCUUUGGCUGUUGAGACUGCAGAAACUGGCUUGUCUGAGGAUGUUCUUACCGUCAUUGAUGCACCGCGCCAGUCAGAUUUGAUGGUAGAGCUGAUAAAAAAGCUGAAGCCACAGGUUGUGGUUACCGGGAUAGCUCAUUUUGAGUCGGUUACUAGUUCAGCUUUUGUGCAAUUAUUAGAUGCCACCAGAGAAAUUGGGUCUCGUCUUUUCUUAGACAUAUCUGACCACUUUGAUUUAUCGAGCCUUCCAGUUACCAAUGGGGUACUCAAAUAUCUAUCAGGAACUCCUCUGCCCUCACAUGCAGCGAUCCUUUGUGGCUUGGUAAAAAAUCAGGUCUAUUCAGAUUUAGAAGUUGCCUUUGUGAUAUCAGAAGAUGAGGCUAUCUUAAAAGCCUUGUCAAAAACUGUCGAAGUACUUGAAGGGAAUACUUCAUUGAUUAGCCAAUACUACUAUGGACAUCUGUUUCACGAGCUUCUAGCCUUUCAACUGACAGACAGGCAUUCACAUUUACAGAGAUCUGAAAAGUCCAAAUCAGUUGAGGUGAUCGGUUUCUCUACUUCAGCAAUCUCAGUCCUUAAUAAUGCUGAAUUGUCCAUUUCUGGUGACGAGAACUCUCUUAUACAUAUGGAUGUCGAUCAAUGGUUCUUGCCAACGCCUUCUCCAGUUAAGGCUGCUAUCUUUGAAAGUUUUGCACGACAAAAUAUGGGGGAGUUUGAAAUUGAUGUCACUCACAGUAUACAGCAAUUUGUUAGGAGCAACUAUGGGUUCCCAAUUGAUAGCAACACAGCUUUUAUAUAUUCAGACUGCUUGCAAGCUCUUUUUAGUAAACUGGUCCUUUGCUGCGUUCAUGAAGGUGGAACUCUGUGCUUUCCAGCUGGUUCAAAUGGUAAUCAUGUUUCUGCUGCCAAAUUUUUGAAAGCGAACAUUGUAAGCAUCCCUACAAAUUCUGAAGAAGGAUUUAAGCUGACAGAGAAAACACUCAACAAAACACUGGAGACUGUGAAAAACCCAUGGGUAUAUAUCUCUGGUCCAACAAUCAACCCAACCGGUUUGAUUUAUAGCAACAAAGAGAUGGAGAACAUUUUAACUGCAUGUGCAAAAUUCGGGGCAAGAGUGGUAAUAGAUACUUCAUUCUCAGGACUGGAAUUUGACUUUGAUGGUUGGGGUGGAUGGAAUUUGGAGGGAUUUCUGCCGAAACUAUCUUCCUCUGGCAACCCUGCUUUCUGUGUUUCUUUACUUGGAGGACUGUCUCUGAAACUGCUUAGUGGAGCAGUCGAAUUUGGGUUUGUGGCUCUAAACCAACCAUUUUUAAUUGACACAUUUCAUAGCUAUCCAGGCUUAAGCAAACCUCAUAGCACAGAGAAAUAUGCAAUCAAGAAGUUGCUGGCUCUGAGAGAGCAGAAAGGAGGCAUGUUGGAUAUUGUCAAGGAACAAAUUAGAAAUUUGGAAGUCAGAACUAAGCGUUUGAAAGAGGCCCUUGAAAAAUGUGGAUGGCAUGUGCUUCAACCCUGUGCUGGUGUUUCAAUGAUGGCAAAGCCCCCUUUCCUCGACAAGACUGUGAAGCUGAGCCAUUCACUUAAAGACACUAAUAGUGGUGAAAAGGAUGCUGCCUAUGAAGUUAUGCUCAAUGAUGCAACCAUCAGGGAAGCCAUUGCCAAGACCACAGGCUUGUGCAUCAACAGUGGCUCAUGGACUGGAAUUCCUGGCUACUGCCGCUUCACUGUUGCCUUGGAAGAGAGUGAAUUUGAGCUAGCAUUGGCUUGCUUAGACAAAUUUAAAAGCAUAAUUGGUAACUGAAUUUUGAUAUCAUUACCUACCUUCUAGUUCAUCACUUUCACAACAAAGCCAUAAUGGAAAAAAACCCAUUCCUUACCAUAGGAACAUUCUUCAUAAAGCUGUAGUUACAGCAAGCUGUUAAAAAGACGGGUGUUUAAAGAAAGUUGUGCCUCCUAGAAGUUGAUUCUUAUUUGCUCUGGCUAUUGCUUUAUAGCCAUAAUGAAAAAAAUCAUUCCUUACCAUGGAAACAUUCUUCAUAAAGCUGUAGUUACAGCAAACUGUUAAAAGACAGGUGUUCAAAGAAAGUUGUUGUUUCCACAAGUUGAUUCUUAUUAGCUUUGGCUACUGCUUUAUAAAAGCUAUGGUUUCUUAUUUCUUCCUUUCCAUGUGAACAAUUUCCAAGCAUACAAUAAUCAAAUCAUUUUCUUUUUGUUUCAGUUCA